AACAUAUAGACCUCUCAAAGUGGUAAAGAGAAGACUAAGAAGAAGAAGAAGUAAAAAAAAAGAUGGAAUGCAGAAAACACAAGCACCAAGGCAAUAGAGGAGUAUGCCCUUCUUGUUUAAGGGACAAACUCUCUCGCUUACCAAAUACAACGACGUCGUACUACGUAAUCAACCGAUCUACUUCCUCAUCCAGCACCGUUUCCUCUUCUCCCUCGUCGCCGGUUAAGGAACUCCACCGACGAGCUGGCUCCAUGUCGAUGUCGUUCGCUGUGAGGGAAGCGUUGAGUGGUCAACUGGUUGAAGGACUGAAGAAAAGCAGAUCUAUGGCUCAUGUUCCCAAAGAUUCUUAUAUCGUACGGUCAUCCAAGAAGACGACGGAGAAACUGAAACCCACCACGGUGAAGAAGACUGGAUUCUGGAAGAAGUUGCUCCAUCUCAAAGGGAAGGGCGGUGGUGCCGACGCCGGAGGGUUGGUUGCUUCACGGCAAAGAGCGUAUUAAAAAAGUAUUUUUAGAAUUUUCUUUUUGACGUGUACAGCUACAGAUUUGAAAUAACUAAAAAUAAUGUUAUAAACGUAAAAGAUACGUACCGCUAUGAAAGUUCCUGGCAUUUGACCAACCAAUCCGUGAUUUUCUAUGAAAUCUUGGAAGUAUUCAAUUUACAUUUUUCUCUCUUGCAAGCCA